ACGCAUGCUCAACGUGAUUUUCUAUGCAAAUACCGGCAAUUGAAGCGGACGACAUUUCAUAAUGCAGACUGGAUGUUACAGGCCACGUCAAUGGUCAUAAAUUGAAAGCUCGGAAACUCAUUUGCCAAGUACAAAAGGAUGACUUCCAUGGAUUUCAGAUAUUCCAGUCAAGACUUUGUCUCAGAAAUCCCAAAGGAUGCCAAGUUCAGUAGGUUUGACCAGGAGUUAAGAGGGAGAUGGGACGAAGCGGUUGAAAAGGGGUUCUUUCGUUACGAGCUUGGAACCCUAACAACGAGGGUAAUAGAAGGCCCUCAUAGGUUUGUGGCUCAGUUGAAUGAGAAGCGGGCAACUGACAGGCGGAAACCGCAAGAGAUAACAAGUACCAAGCAACCAUACAAACCAGAAGAAUUCAACUUCAAUAAAGUCAGACCACAUGAGAUACUCAUGGAAAUGCACCCUGUCAAUCUGUCUUACCCAUCUUCAAAUGGAAUCACCAAUGGCACCAUUAGUUCACAUACUGAAAGGGAAGAGUGCAUUAAUGGAGAAGGGAGGGGCAAGUAUCAGGUCAUCAUCAACAUCAGCCCUUUAGAAUAUGGAAAUGUUCUCCUUGUCCCCAGCCCUCAUUUAUGUCAACCACAGAUUGCCACUAUGGAAAUGAUACAAAUAGGUGUAGAAGCUGUCUUAUUAAGUUCAACCAGUGCUUUUAGGAUAGGUUACAACAGUCUAUGCGCUUACGCUUCUGUGAAUCACCUUCAUAUGCACGCGUAUUAUGUACAUCACAGGUUACCAGUAGAGUACUGGCCAACGAAGGAGGUAGUUGAAGGCCGAGUUCAUGAGUCAAUUGGUUGGCCUGCACAAGGAUUUCUGUUGCAAUUGAACAAAGAGAAUUAUUGGAAUGGUAUCAGAGACGUAUUCAUGAUUGUUAAACAUCUACAAGACAAGGAUAUAGCUCACAACAUGUUCUUCACGAGAGGCUCAACGUUAGGGCCCAAUCCUCAGGAAGACGGACAGACUGUAAGACUGUUUCUCUGGCCUCGCAUCUCCUCCUUUGGUAUAAAAGCAAAUGAUGCAUUCAAUGGUGCUUGUUGUGAACUUGCUGGUCAUCUUCCUAUCAAACUCAUGCAACGCUACAAUGACCUGACAGACGAGCAGUGCUGUGAAUUACUAGAAACGUGUUCCCUCUCGGCGGGAGAUUAUACUGCUCUUAAAAAGGAGAUAAAGGACCUCUUUAAAUAAAGCCGGGCUCGUGUACAUCAAGAAGGUAAAAACAUAGCAGCACUUGAUUACCGGAUGGUGCAUUGCAGCUGGCAUCAGGGUCAUUUUUGCUCAGUAAAUUAUUCUCUAUUCAGCCCAGAAUAGAGAAGCAUUGCCCAUAUAUUUACAAAUCUUUCACGUAUGGGAGAUCUUACUCUGCAUUUUGGAGUAAAAGAAAUGACUGCCGAAAUUCUUUUGAGAGGGAUACUAAUACCUGUAUUAGACAGACUUAGAGAAAAGCCCAGAAAAGCAAGUUUUAACUGUAUGAUUUAAAUUUUUCUCCAGUUUCAAACCCCAAUAGCAUACAUAUAAAUUAUCAUGCUCAUAUCAUGUACUAAGAUCUUGAUAAAAGUGUUAAAGGACCAUAGUCAGGAGCUAUAGUACUGCCAUUACUAGGCAGACACCGUGGUCGUUCACAGAUACAUAGAAAGGUUUUUUUCAUGAUCGGGCAAUGUACGCACGUACAGUGAAAAGGGUAUGAAAAUAUAGGUAUAUACACUUUAAACUGCCUAGAUAUGUGUAAAGGAUAUACAAUUUUACCUUAUCAUGGAAAUUCAAUUUUUGAGAUAUUUGAUGCAUUAUUUAAUGUGGGUAAACACAAACAAAAUAAUUGUUUUGUGUACUGUGAUAUCGACGGAUAAUUGUUGAGGAUCAAUUAUAAUGUCCAUGCAUGAGUGUGGUAUCCACAAGAAAAAAAAAUCAUAUUUGUAUCUCACUUAAUGUAAUUUAUAAAUAAUGGCUGAGUGUCUUGCUAUAUGUGAACGUAAAGUUAAUGCCAUAAGUUUAUAUGCACCCAUGGAAUUCAGUGAAAUUUGUUCGUUUGCCAAACAUCGUAAAAUUUACUAUAUGUUCAUAAAUAUAAAUACUACAAUGGUGAAUUUGGUAUCAACUGAAAGAACGUAUUAAGCUCUUUCACAUAAUUGGGAUGCCAUUGGGAUUAAAAUAUAUUUAAGGUGGAAUUUUCUUUGAAGAAAAAAAGUAAUAUUCGUGCCAAAUGUAUUCUACUGUUAUUAUAUGUUUAAAUAUCAAUGAUCAUUUCAUAGAAAUAUAUAAAUGUCAAAUCUAUGAUUUAUCUUACAUUUUCUAUCAUAUGUCACCACUGAUACAAAAAAGUGUAAUCUGAAAUGUUUGUAUUGAGAAGUAACUAGCACAAAUAUGAAAUGUUUUUGUCAAGUUUUUAUUUGUCUAAAAUGUGAAGAUUUUAGGGGGAAAAUGACACCUAAAUAUUUUUUCAGCUCCUAAUGACGAGUAAAUGAGUAAUUAUGGCUGCCAAGCUACAGCUGGGGUAAUAAUAUCCAAGUCCUUUGAAGCGCAUAGAGACAUUAUUCAUAAUGUGAUAUGCGCUAUACAAGAACUGUAUAUUAUUAUUAUUACUAUUUGUUUGAUAUCAAAGUCGUCAUGAUAGCAUAGAUAUUUUAUAAGAUACAGUAAAUUUUAUGAUGUUUGGCAAGUGUCAACUUUUCUUUGAAUUUCCUGGGUGUAUGUUAACUUCUGGCCUUAACUUUCUACUGCCAAAUUGCAUUUAUAAAAAGAAUUUGUGAAAUUAUAAGUCUUAUGAAAAAAAAGUGGUAUAGACCUCAAUACUAAGUUGCUGCUGUAUUUUGCCUUGAUAAAGAUAUUUAUGUGUAUAUUGCAUUGACCGGUAAGUCAGAAAUUGAUUGUUCAUCUCAUGGUUAGUAUACCUUAAUACAUAGAGUGUUUGUAUCCUACCAUUAUAUACUAGUAAUCUGUACUAUGUCUCGGUAUAUUCAUGUGUGAUCAAGUGCCAAACACCAACAUUAUCAAAAAGAAGAUACUAUACUAAGAGAUAUCAGAAUAUCUAUUGGGGCUAAAUCAGUUCCCAUUAAAAAAAUGUGUAAUUACAUUUCCAGGUUAUUACAAGAAAAUCUGUAAUAAUGAUGAUGAUGAUGAUGAUGAUGAUGAUGAUGAUGAUGAUGAUGAUGAUGAUGAUGAUGAUGAUGAUGAUGAUGAUGAUGAUGAUGAUGAUGAUGAUGAUGAUGAUGAUGGUGAUGAUGAUGAUGAUUACAAUAGUAAUUACAAUAAUAAUGACAACAAUAAUCAUAAUUAUAAUUAUUAUUACUGAUUAACAUCAAACAGGAGAAAUCUUUUGCCCUCAAUGUUUAGAAUUAAACAUCUGCCCUAUUUUAUUUUCUUGUUUUGAGAAAGUUUAUUUCCAUUACUACCUAUGUAUGCCCUUUAAUAUUUUGUACAAUUGGGUAAUUAGUUCAAAAGUAGCAAAUGCAUGCACAUGAUGGCAGAAGUCGCAGUGAUAUCAUCAUAUUGGGAUGUUAUGGUCUUCUCAAGCAUUCACAAUAUCAUUUGUAGUUUAUUUUUAUGCCUUAACAUGGGAUAUAUUUAUUUUUUGUUUGGAUUCAAUUCAUAUUUUUAACCUGCAUUAUAAAUUUGCAAUACAUUCUAGUCUGCCAAUGGUGGGGUGGUAAAUUUGUGGAGUCAAGAAUCCUUUUUUUUUUUUUUUUUACAGAGAUACUAAAUGUAUUUUGUCACCCCCCCCCCUCCCUGAAGUAAUAUUGGAGGUCAAUAAACUGGUCUAUAAACUGAAUUAGCUGUUGCAUUAACAUAAUUUUGUAAGAUAAUGAUGACAUUCCAGACAUACUAAUGAUUUGCAGUGUUAAAGAUGGAUGUUUCUUAUCAGUACUCCAGUGUUUGUGUUAUAGGAUUUUGUGUGUUAUUCUUUUUCAAUUUCUGUAUUAAUUCAAAUUCAUAAAGGCUCAUGGAUAAGACUGCAACCUCUUAUACACAUGCAGUAAGUAUAUAGGGGUCAGACUGGCAGAUUCGAGAUAUCAGAAGGGAGGAAAGUGGACACAGGAAAAAGAAAUGAAAUAACAAACGUAAAUUGGUGGAAAAUAUCCUUUCGAAAUAUAAUUUUCUCUCUCAUGCAAUUUUAGCAAGCAAAAAUAGAAUACAUAUUUUUGUUUCAUUCUCAAAGAGGAUGCACAAGAGAGGGGGCAUGAAAUACCUCAAUUUGUAUUUUAUUCUAUUUCUUUACAACUUUGGGCCAGUAAUUGGGGAUGGCAUAUAUCCCCUGCUCCCCUGCUUCUGAUUGCAGGGACCUGAGAAGCGGGGGUGCUGGGGGUGCUGAAGCACCCCCAGAAAUUAUCAUGGGGGUGCUGCGUGUAUUAUUUUCCAUAGGCAGCACCCCCACGAAAUUAGGUUCCCCCUGUAUUUUUUUAAAUAUGUUAUAAUGUACAUAAUUAUCACAUCAGACAAUCGCAAAUCAUUUAUAUAGUCUUUCACAUGUUCCAAUAACAUCCCUCCUAUAUAACGCGACUCAAUCAAGCUCCAGCGGGGCAGCCACUCCGAUACAGACGUAGUCGCGCGCAAUACGUGAUACACACUGGGGUGGUUGAAACUUCCAGGUUUUAUGUCGAAUCAAGUGAGCGCGCGCCCGACCGCCCGUGUAUUGUAUACAAUAAUUACAAGUAAUAGAAAUCAAAUUUCAAAGUCUUUUUCGCCCUGCCCCAUGGCCCUACGGGCUGGGAAGCGGGGGUGUUCGGGGUGAAGCAACCCCAAAAUUUGGGGGUGCUGCGUGUGUUAUUUUCCAUAUAUAUAGGCAGCGCACCUCCUGGAAAUCUAGUGGUAGCUGAUAAAUGACAGAAAUGUAAUGAAAAUGAACGACGUUUUGUAGAACCCCCCCCCCCCCACUUCAGAAUUUUCUGACACAUUACUUGAAAUAGUGUUUAAAUUCACCCUCUUUCAGCUCGCAUUAUUGAUUUUUAU